UCCACCGGAAGUGCUAAGCGACAACAAUCUGAACAACAGACAGGGAAGCAGACGUUUGUGUCUGUGGUGGAAACGAUGGAGGAAUUUAACUCUGGAGAUGAGGUUGUGUUCAAUCCCGAUGAGGCCACUGUCUCAGUUAAAGAGUGUAUUGAAGGUGUCCUCGGAGGGACAGAUUAUAAUCAGAAUCAAGUGAACCAGUGGACGGCCGGUAUAGUGGAGCACUCACUGACACACCUGGUGAAACAGGGACGCUCGUUCAAAUACAUAGUAAACUGUACCAUCAUGCAGAAGAGCGGUGCUGGACUCCACACGGCCAACUCCUGCUUCUGGGACACUGCCACUGACGGAAACUGCACAGUGAGGUGGGAGAAUCGCACCAUGUACUGUGUGGUCAGUGUGUUUGCUGUGGCGCUGUGAUCGCGGCACAGAGCUUUGUCCUGCUCUUUCCUCUCGUACAGUCACACGGUGACCAAGAAGCAAGGAAGAUCCUCAGGUGGACGUCAACGUACAAGUGGCUUGUUUCUUCCCACAGGCAGGAAAUGCAUAACGUCAAAAUAACAGUUGUGGUUUGUGAGACUAGUCAGCAUUUGGCGGAUUCGUCUACGAGAAUAAGUUGCAAAGUCGUAGUCAGUGUUAGCCUUGUGGUUUUGUUUUAACACUAAAUAUUGUCCCAAUACUCUUUCCUUAAAUGUAGAAACUUGAUUUGUCCUUAUCCUUCAUUACAUUCCCAAACCGACAGGACUGAACAGUUGCUAGAGAAAAGUUUCCCAUUUAUUAAGAUGAGAAGUUUUGAUUGAUACUGAAUUACUUAUGUAAAGUGUUUAUGCCCGUCUGCAUUUGUCUUCUUGAUAUUUAUAUUGGUCUGUAGCUGUGCAGGUAGGAGGGAGUUUAUUCAAAGGGUGGAGACGUUUAAAUGAUCCGUCCCAAAAAACCAAGGCACUUUUCCAAGAUGUUUUCCCUCAGAAAUUGAAAUGUUUAUCUGUAUGUUGAGUUUAUUGAAGCUGUUUGUCAAUUAACCAAGAACUGACCAUGAACUGUGGAUUCAUUAAAUGUAUUCAGACAAACACAAA